AUGACCGGACGCGAGAGACAUCACGAUGGAGAUCUCAGUCCCCUUUCGUCGCCCUCCCUCGGUACGCUAUCAACCUCACCUGAGCAGGCAACAUGGCUGCCGAAGGACCGAGCCGACGGAAACCUGUCUAUUCCAUCUUCUGGAGAACCGCUGAGACUGUCGAUGGAUGCCUCUGUCUCGUCUGACUAUGACCACCUGCCAAGAUCCCCUUUACUCGAUCAUGACGCUGGCCUCGGUCUCUCCGGACUCGAUCGUAUACGACAACAACCCUUAUCUCGAGUCUUCACCCUCCCAAACCCUUCCACAUCAUCCGUCGGACAACAAAACUCACCCCCGACGCGUUCGGGUGCGUCGUCACGAGCGGCAUCUGUGUAUGUUCCUUCAGGCGCAUCGAUACCUCCAUUCGAAGACCUGCACCGUUUCCCCUCCGAAUCUCUCCAUUCAUUCUCUUUCGCCCAACAAUCAGAGGAACUACUCCACUCAAGGCAGAAUAUCUUGAAGCGGUCGAUUGAUUUCAUGAAAGACCGAUUUGGUUGGUCAGCUACUAGUCCUGGGAUCGUCAACGCACAGGCUCGAAUAAGCGGGGAUAGCGAGUUUCAGAAUAUGGUUGAAUUAUUGUCCAAAGCAAACGUGCUUGAUAAGGAAUCGCAGGGCCGCCAAGGAUCUGCCUUGCAUGGGCCAUUGACUAGCCCGCCGGAAAUCGAAGAAGACAAUGUGUUCGACAAAUCGUUUGAUGGAGGAAGCCCCGACAGCCACAGCCACGGGCAGUUUCCCGAGUUCGUAGACCCUGGUAUAGAGGACAACCAGCUACUCAGCCCUAUCCCUGAUGAUAACAUUCUCUCCCGCAAACGCGACUUAAGAUCGGCACCAACUUCUAGACGAGUUAGCUUGAAACGCACGUACACGGAUCUUAGCACUGUAUCCCUACAAGCGAAGCUUAUGGAAACCCUAGCCCAGCCUUAUGGUAUGGGUGAUUCUUUAUCUUCCUCGGGAUUCGGCGCUCUAGGAUUAGGCGGCCCCAUGCUACAUACCCAUAGCAGCAAAUGGACGCCAGUCUCCCAAGCGGUUUUCAGAACAGAAGCCAAGGCGCCAUGGACGAUCAACUCAGCGAACGAUCUGGCCUGUUUGGUGUUUGGGGUAACCCAGUCUGAAGUGAAGAAGUUGAGCAUACUAGAGGUUGUCCAAGAGGAGCGCCGAGGGUGGCUAGAAUCGAAGCUUCAAGAUCCUACUACUGAUGCCACGGCGAAGCUACCAAAUACUUUGGGAAAGUCUCGAUUUAACAUGCCAAAGUCCACGGGAAUGGGCAAUGGGUUCACGGCACAACUGUUGAGUAAACCAUCUUCGCGGCAAAAGGCUGCUCGCCGCGCCCAGACGGACGAUGGAUACGGGUCUAGCACUCGGAAUGCUAGAAAAUCAAAUCACGCAGCAACUAAAUCUCGUGGAGUUUUGCUUUGCGGUGAUGUGGUACCGAUUCAAAAACGCAAUGGAUCGACCGGAUCGGCGAGUUUAUGGGUGAUGGAGAAGCGUGGUGGGCUCAUUUGGGUUUUAGAAGAAAUUACCGAGAACGUGGCAUAUGUGACUUAUGACCGCACAGGACAUAUCACAUGCCUAGAGGGUGAUACUGACCAGGUCUGGGGUAAAGGCUUUGCCAAACUUGGUUUGGUGAUAACUGAGCUUCUUCCCAAUAUGCCAAAGGAUUGCGUGGAGGAUGAAUCUGGGAACGGCUUUCAAAGGCUUGCUGAUCUGAAGUACUUUGGCGCUCGCGGUACUGGGACGAACAGUGUUCCUACCACUAUAAUAAAAAAUCCCAACGGAAACAUGCGAUCGUUACGCAUUUCCAGCUUCCCUCAUGUUGCCGGUAUGAUGGUGUUGUCGUCGUCUACCCUUAACAUUAUCAGCUCGAAUUCUGUGUUCUCGUCAGCUCUCUUUGGCCAGGAACGUCCCGAGGGCCACCAUAUCUCUGAGCUGAUUCCUGACUUUGAGGGUUUCCUGAAGACGUUGACGGAGGAAGACCGAGUGUCGUUAGUGGACGGCAUGGUUAUCCCAGAGCACAGCUUUCGGCGUGCAAGAGGACUGUUGGUGCUUCGAGAUAACAAAGCUAAUGCAGCCUCGAUUUUCCUCGAACCAGACGGUCUUCCAGCUAGACAUCGAGAUGGGUCUCGUCUGUCUGUGGACGUUCAGCUGCGCGUUGUUCGAAGCGAAACUGUAUUCCCAGACAGUCAAAGGCAAGAGGGCCAUUCUGUUGCGGAGAAGGGAGACGAUGACGACGAAGCAUCCGACACCAUCGCCGUGACUGAAAUAGUCUAUGCACUUUGGAUUACUUACUCAAGGCAGAUCCAUAGCGGACAACACGGCGCUGUCUCCGCGGACACUUCAGCUGUUGAAGAGACAAGUCCGGCAGCUCAACCUCGAACUGGUCAACGAACGCCUUCGCCUCCUCCAUCAUUACCAUCGCAUUCCAACACACCAUCUCUGGACAACAAGACGCCUCUCUCUUUGCUCAGCGAAAAAUUAAACGAAGCCGCGUCGACACCAUUGGCUGAUCGAAAUUCCCAAAAGCUGGGUGAAGUAAGCCGGGCGCCUGUCACCAAAGAGCCAUCCAAGAAGAGGUCGAUAUCAGACUAUGUCAUUCUCGAGGAAAUGGGACAGGGCGCAUACGGCCAGGUCAAACUUGCUCGACUCAAAAAGACCCCAUCUAAGAAAGUCGUCUUGAAAUACGUAACGAAAAAGCGAAUUCUUGUCGAUACCUGGACGCGGGAUCGUCGACUGGGCACAGUACCUUUGGAGAUCCACGUGUUGGAUUACCUCCGCAGAGACGGACUCAAACACCCGAACAUCGUGGAAAUGGAGGGGUUCUUUGAGGACGAAAUCAACUAUUAUAUCGAGAUGGUGCCUCAUGGACUUCCCGGCAUGGAUUUAUUCGAUUACAUCGAAUUAAGAGCCAACAUGGACGAAGGCGAAUGCCGGAAUAUUUUCAAGCAGGUCGUAGAUGCCAUCCACCAUCUCCACACCAAAGCACUAGUCGUGCACCGGGAUAUCAAGGACGAGAACGUCAUUCUAGACGGAGACGGUCGAAUCAAGUUGAUUGACUUUGGGAGUGCGGCGUACAUUAAGAACGGGCCCUUUGAUGUGUUUGUAGGGACUAUUGAUUACGCUGCCCCCGAAGUCCUUCAGGGCAAGUCUUACCGCGGCAAGGAGCAAGACGUCUGGGCUCUUGGGAUAUUAUUAUACACGAUCGUCUACAAGGAGAACCCCUUCUACAAUAUCGACGAGAUUCUCGACCACCCUCUGCGCGUGCCCUUCCUCCCCUUUUCCGAAGACUGCAUUGACCUGAUUCGCAAAAUGCUCGAUCGCGACGUGGACAACCGACUCACGAUUUCCGAGGUGGUCGAACACCCAUGGAUGACGGCCUUUUAA